CAUUGGCAUUAGUCAUGGAACGAAUUCGAUUCGAUUAGAUUCGUGACCCACAAUAUUGCACUGAGCCAGAACCCACUUCCUUUACAUUGUUUCAAAUUCAUAAAUAAAUUCAUUUCCUUUGAUCGUUUUCAAUAACAUCGUCGUAUUUACCAGACUCUUGACGACUAUGGACCAAAUCGAGUACGUGAGGACGAAUUCCAAGAACAGAAGAGUCUUCCCGAAGAGCAUUCCGCCAGAGAGGCAGAACGAGGCCCGUUCUUAUCAGCAUCUAAUUGCGAUCGUGUUCUUGCUACUUGCUUUCGUUCUAUAUCCGUCCGCAGGAUUCAUUUUAUAUGUAAAUUAUAUUUAUGUUCGUGCAGUGAAAUACUUCUCGCUUUUCCUGCUGGUGCUCUUCGCCAUUGCGUUCGUUAAACGGUUGACGCAUUUUGCGGAGGAGUACAAAUACCUGCACUGCAGAUACAACGAUUCCCUCCAUCUGCUGAUCAACGAUGUCUUCACGAUCCUCCCCAGACAGAUCUCCAUCUUCUUCGCGGCGUCCAGCGUGUUCCUGCUCGCUUACAAUUGGGAAACCGGACACGAAAACCUGCCGAUGUUGCUCAUCCUGGCCGCCGUGUAUCUGCUGAAGGACAUCCUGAAAUUGGACGAUUACCCGCUUCGGUAUUCGCUGCGUAUUUCAGACAUGAUGGGCCUCGAUUACGGAUCCGGAAUCGCGCACAGUUUCUACCACGGCUACCUGAAGAUCAAUUUGGCGCCGGAAGACGGAUUGAAGGACAAGAUGAUGAUCUACGAAGCGGAGGAGAACGUCAACUUCCAUCAGCACAAGCUGUACGUCCUCGUGCCGCUGUCCUUGUACUGUCCGCCAACCCUCGAGAGCGUCUCCAGCAGGAUCGAAAAGGCCAAGACUCUGGAUCCGAUCACCAAGAACAGGGCGGGCGUCAUCAACAGGGUCUACAAGAAUGCCGUCUACAAGAUCAAUUACACGUCGGGAAAUCAACAAGAGAAGCUGUACAUAUGCGCCGAGUACGCUACGCCGCUGAAGACCCUCGACGAAGUCACCAAUAAAACUGGACUGCAUUCAGAAUACUACAAGAAGCACAAGUCGGAGUUGAUCAACCAAUUUUACGAAACACUCACCUCGCUCAUCGCCGAAGACCCGGACAUGGCGAACACCUGCGAAGUGAUCUACUACAAAGACAAAAAAGCGAACGGUGAUCUCAUAGACGUCGGCGAUUUGAUCUUGAAGAAACUGAUUCUCGACAACAGGAGGAUGCUACAAAGUUGAUUGACAGUUUUGACUAAAUGUAAAUAACUAAAGAGACAAUAUAUUUUAUUUAAUGUAAAUAAACGUUGUUGUAUUUG